AUGGAGUGGGGGAUGAGAGUGGGGGAUGGAGGAGAGACCCCCCACCUCCUAGUGGGGGAUGAGAGUGGGGGAGCAGUCCGAGACCCCCCACAGCAGUCCGACCCCCCCACACAGCAUCAGGAGGAGAUCCCCCCACAGCAGUCCGACCCCCACAGCAGUCCGACCCCCACACAGCAGUCCUACCCCCCACAGCAGUCCCCCCACACAGCAGUCCGAGGGAGAGACAGCAGUCCGACCCCCCACAGGGAGUCCUAUCCCCACAGGAGUCCGACCCCCCCCCAGAGAGGAGCAGUCCUAGGGGAGGACAGCAGUCCUAUCCCCCCACAGCAGUCCUACCCCCCCACAGGGAGGAGAGGACAGCAGUCCGACCCCCACACACAGCAGUCCUACCCCCACACAGGCAGUCCUACCCCCACAGCAGUCCUACCCCCCACACAGGCCCAGCAGUCUGGCCCCCAGCAGUCCUACCCCCACAGCAGUCCUACCCCCACAGCAGUCCUACCCCCCACAGCAGUCCUAUCCCCCCACAGCAGUCCUAUCCCCCCACAGCAGUCCUAUCCCCCCCCCACAGCAGUCCUACCCCCACAGCAGUCCUGCCCCCCCACAGCAGUCCUACCCCCCCCACAGCAGUCCGACCACCCCCCACAGCAGUCCGACCCACAGCAGUCCUACCCCCCACCCACAGCAGUCCUACCCCCCCCACAGCAGUCCCCCCCCACAGCAGUCCGACCCCCCCCCCACAGCAGUCCUAUCCCCCCACAGCAGUCCGACCCCCACAGCAGUCCGACCCCCCCCCCACAGCAGUCCUAUCCCCCACAGCAGUCCUACCCCCACAGCAGUCCUAUCCCCCCACACAGCAGUCCUAUCCCCCCACAGCAGUCCUACCCCCCCACAGCAGUCCUAUCCCCCCACAGCAGUCCUACCCCCCCACAGCAGUCCUACCCCCCCCCACAGCAGUCCUACCCCCCACAGCAGUCCUACCCCCCCCACAGCAGUCCUAUCCCCCACACAGCAGUCCUACCCCCACAGCAGUCCGACCCCCCAGCAGUCCUAUCCCCCACAGCAGUCCUACCCCCCCACAGCAGUCCUAUCCCCCACAGCAGUCCUACCCCCCACACAGCAGUCCCCCCACCAGUCCCCCCACAGCAGUCCUAUCCCCCACAGCAGUCCGACCCCCCCACAGCAGUCCUACCCCCACAGCAGUCCGACCCCCCCACAGCAGUCCGAUCCCCCCACAGCAGUCCGACCCCCCCCAGCAGUCCUACCCCCACACAGCAGUCCUACCCCCCACAGCAGUCCUACCCCCCCACAGCAGUCCUACCCCCCCCACAGCAGUCCGACCCCCCCACAGCAGUCCUACCCCCCCCACAGCAGUCCUAUCCCCCACACCCCCCCCACAGCAGUCCUACCCCCCCCACACAGCAGUCCUACCCCCCCUACCCCCCACAGCAGUCCUAUCCCCCACAGCAGUCCUACCCCCACAGCCCCCCCCCCAGCAGUCCGACCCCCCACAGCAGUCCUACCCCCCCCCACAGCAGUCCCACCCCCCCCCACAGCAGUCCUACCCCCCACAGCAGUCCUACCCCCCACAGCAGUCCUACCCCCCACAGCAGUCCUACCCCCCCACAGCAGUCCUACCCCCCACAGCAGUCCUAUCCCCCCACAGCAGUCCCCCCCCACAGCAGUCCUACCCCCCACCCCCCCCACACAGCAGUCCCCCCCCACAGCAGUCCUACCCCCCCCCACAGCAGUCCUACCCCCACAGCAGUCCUACCCCCCCCCCACAGCAGUCCUACCCCCCACACAGCAGUCCUACCCCCCCACAGCAGUCCUACCCCCCCCCCACAGCAGUCCUACCCCCCACAGCAGUCCUACCCCCCCACAGCAGUCCUAUCCCCCCACAGCAGUCCGACCCCCCCAGCAGUCCGACCCCCCCACAGCAGUCCGACCCCCCCCCACAGCAGUCCUACCCCCCCACACAGCAGUCCGACCCCCCCACACAGCAGUCCUAUGUUCCUCCCCGUGAGUCUGUCAGACGCCUCACACCUUUGCAGCCGAUGA